AUGAUAGAUAUCAAACUGGAAGAGCAUUUGACUCUUCUAGGGGCAAUUCCUAGGACUUUUGUGAUUGCGUUGAUCCCCCUUUUUCUCUAUAUGAUCUACAAAUGGACAUUAGCGACCGACAUUCCUCACAUCACAGGUCUCCCGGAAGUUCCUGGUGCAAUCCCCAUCUUUGGACACCUUCUCAAACUUGGUGAUGAUCACGCCACUGUUUGCGAACGUUGGUGGAGGCAGUAUGGCCAUUCCGUCUUCCAGAUCAAGCUUGGCAACACGCGUGCCGUUGUAGUCAAUUCAUUUGAUGACUCUCGAAAGAUGCUUCUUGGUCAUCAAAAUGCGGUGAUUGAUCGGCCCAAGCUCUACACCUUUCACGGGGUGGUGAGCAGCACGCAGGGAUUCACCAUUGGCUCCUCUCCCUGGGAUGAGUCGUGCAAAAAGAAGCGUAAAGCAGCUGGCACAGCCUUGGGACGUCCGGCUUUGCGUAAUUACCAUCCCAUGUUCGAUCUCGAAAGUUACUGUAUUGUGCGGGAUAUUUUUCGAGACAGUUCAAACGGCGCCGUCGAGCUGAACAUAAGACCGUACAUUCAACGUUUCGCUUUGAACACGACCCUGACUCUCUGCUAUGGUAUUCGCAUGGAUGCCGUCUACGAUGACCUUUUGCGUGAGAUUCUCCAUGUCGGAUCCGCAAUUUCUCUUCUUCGAAGUGCUUCAGAAAACCUACAGGAUUACAUCCCAGCUCUACGCUAUCUUCCUAAUAACGAGAAAACUGCACGUUCAAAAGAUCUGCGAGAUCGCCGAGAUGCCUAUUUGAACCUUUUGCUGGAUAAAGUGCGCGCGAUGAUCGAGAAAGGCACCGACAAGCCCUGUAUCUCAGCAGCAAUCCUCAAAGACGAAGAGACAAAACUCACUGGUGUUGAAGUCUCUUCCAUUUGCCUCUCUCUAGUUUCGGGAGGAUUCGAAACAAUUCCCGGUACCUUGACCUCCACCAUCGGUUCGCUGUCUACCCCAGAAGGACAAAUAUGGCAAGAUCGCGCAUAUGAAGACAUCAAGCGCCACUACCCAGAUAUUCGGGAUGCAUGGAUCAGUAGCAUCUACGAAGAAAAGGUUCCGUACGUGAACGCCAUUCUCAAGGAAGCCGGGCGUUAUUACACAGUGAGCGCCAUGAGCUUGCCCCGAAAGACCGUCACCGAGGUUAACUGGAAUGGUGCAAUCAUUCCACCGGAAACAAUGAUUCUAAUCAAUGCCCAAGCGGGUAACCAUGAUGUGGAUCACUUUGGGCCCGAUGGAGGGAAGUUCGAUCCGGAAAGAUGGCUGAAGUCUAUCAACCCUCCGGCAGAGAGAGAAGCGAAUGGACUUCCCCACUUGAGCUUUGGUGCCGGAUCACGUAAUUGUUCCGGCCAAUAUAUCGCCUCUAGACUACUUUACUCUGCCCUCAUCCGUCUGCUUUGCUCCUACAAGAUCGUGGCAAGCGAGGAAAGUCCGCCGAAUACUGACUAUGUGGACUACAAUCAAUUCAAAACGGCGCUCGUUGCAAUUCCAAGAGACUUCAAGGUCAGGCUGAUUCCCAGGGAUGAUGCAGUCACCAGCGAAUGUUUGAAUGCGGCGGAACUGCGUACCAAGGAGCAUUACAAAGAGUGA